AUGGCUACCAUCUGGCUACCACCAGGCUACCACCAGGCUACCACUAGGCUACCACAUAGCUACCAUCUGGCUACCACCAGGCUACCACAUAGCUACCACCAGGCUACCACCAGGCUACCAGGCUACCACCAGGCUACCACCAGGCUACCACCAGGCUACCACCAGGCUACCACCAGGCUACCACCAGGCUACCACCAGGCUACCACCAGGCUACCACCAGGCUACCACCAGGCUACCACCAGGCUACCACCAGGCUACCACCAGGCUACCACCAGGCUACCACCAGGCUACCACCAGGCUACCACCAGGCUACCACCAGGCUACCACCAGGCUACCACCAGGCUACCACUGGGCUACCACCAGGCUACCACCAGGCUACCACCAGGCUACAACCAGGCUACCACCAGGCUACCACCAGGUUACCACCAGGCUACCACUAGGCUACCACAAGGCAACCACCAGGCUACCACCAUGCUACCACAGACUACCACCAGGCUACCACCUGGCUACCACCUGGCUACAUCCUGGCUACCACCUGGCUACCACCUGGCUACCACCUGGCUACCACCUGGCUACCACCUGGCUACCACCUGGCUACCACCUGGCUACCACCUGGCUACCACCUGGCUACCACCUGGCUACCACCUGGCUACCACCUGGCUACCACCUGGCUACCACCUGGCUACCACCUGGCUACCACCUGACUACCACCUGGCUACCACCUAG